AUGCCUCAAGGCAGAAGGGCCGCAACAAAAGCUCCAGCGCCCUUUUCCGAAGCGAACCCCUCUACCGUGGUCAUCUCCAAUGACGGCGACAUCCUUAUACAAAUCAAAGACCCCACCACGUGUACUGAUCACUGCUAUCGAUGUUCGAGAGAUGUGCUACACAGUGCCUCCGAAUAUUUCAACGUGCUGCUAGAUCCUGUCAAAUUCAGCGAAGGCAUCGCUAUCGAGGCGAGACUUCAGGACCUCACGAGGCAAUACAAUGAUUCCGCAGCCAUACCCGCAUCAGAACUCCCGAAAGCCGUCGUUUCGGAUGUAGGCGCUCUCCCCGAGGGUUGCAUCUCAACCGGCACGGUCGUCAGGCUUUUCUUCAAGAUUUUGCACGAUCCUUCUACAAGCUGGCCAGUCCUACGCGCACAUUCCGUCAAUCUCAUAGCACUACUUUCCAUCGUGGCCGACAGGUUCGCUUGCUCAAAUACUAUCGCGGAAUACUUGAUACGGCAGGGAUUGGAAAUCACACUCCUCAAAGAUCGGAAGUCCGCUACGACUCAAGAGAUUGAGCUUGAGAAUCGCCAAAGGUUGUUGGCCGGUUUGUUUUUCGGGUUUCCGGAUUGGGUACGUCAAUGUAGCGCGGCUCUGAUCGUCGAGGCUUCAAAAAGGCAGAACAGUACCGAAGAUGAAGAGCGGGAAGGAGAGGAUGCUCUAUGGUGGAUUCUACCCGGUGGCGUCGAAGAAGAGCUUGCCUGUCGACGCGACUACGUCUUGGACACUCUGAGUUCCAUUCAAAAACAUUUCAUCAACCUCUAUAUCUCCAAGCAGACUCAGUGCAGGCUCGGCUACAGUUCAUCGCCUCAAUGUGACGCAUAUCAACUGGGCGAGAUUAUUCGCUUCCUCUGUCGCAAAGGAAGAACACUACGGAUUGAAAGCGCCUUUGACCCUGCGCCUGAAGAGCUCGAGCCUUACAAUGGUAACCUCAACGAUAUCAUAGCUAAGCUCAAGGAGUGCCCUUCGUAUCAAAUCGACGACAACCACACUCACUGCGGCGCACGCACUAGGUUGAUGCCUGUUUUGGAGCGACUUCGCCCUUCUUUCCAGGUCGGCAUAUGUUCUGGAUGUUGGAAGGAGGAUAAGAGCAAGGAGAGCUGGCUAGAGAACCCCACAGGAGGUACAUGGGCCAAUGCAGGCGAAAGGUUCCAUGGUAGGGGUUGUCGAGCUCAUCGGGAUACCAAGGCGAUGUAUACGGCAGUGAAGAGGGACUGGACGCCUGUGUAUGCACUUUGA